AUGGGAAAGGCGGUCUGGGAGGCUCUCCGUCUUCCUCUGGCUCCUCCGCAGUCGCCAUGGGAGUAUCUAACUCCAAAAGUUGGCUCGACUCCACCAACUGCCGCUCCAUGUCGUCCAUCGGCUCCCCCCCUGGCCGCUGCUCUCCCAGGGAUCCACCAGUCACACCUGGCUGCCCACCUGGCUGCCCACCUGGCCGCUGCGAUCCCUGGGGUGCUUCGGUCGCCCCCGGCUGCCCCCCUGGCUGCUGCUCUCUCUGGGAUGCUCCGGUCGCCGCCGGCUGCCCCCAUGCCUGCUUCUCUCCCUGGGGUGCUUGGGUCACCCCCGGCUGCCCCCCUGACUGCUGCGCUCCCUGAGGUGCCCCGGUCACCCCCGGCUGCCCCCCUGCCUGCGGCUCUCUCUGGGGUGCUCCAGUCGCCCCCGGCGGCCCCCUUGCCUGCUGCUCUCCCUGGGGUGCUUGGGUCACCUCCGGCUGCCCCCCUGACUGCUGCGCUCCCUGGGGUGCCCCGGUCACCCCCGGCUGCCCCCCUGGCUGCUGCUCUCCCUUGGGUGCUCGGGUCACCCCCGGCUGCCCCCCUGACUGCUGCGCUCCCUGGGGUGCCCCAGUCACCCCCGGCUGCCCCCCUGGCUGCUCCGCUCCCUGGGGUGCUCCGGUCACCCUUGGCUGCCCCCCUGGCUGCUGCUCUCCCUGGGGUGAUCCGGUCAACCCCGGCUGCCCCCCCUGCCUGCUGCUCUCUCUGGGGUGCUCGGGUCACCCCCGGCUGCCCCCCUGGCUGCUGCGCUCCCCGAGGUGCUCGGGUCACCCCGGCUGCCCCCCUGACUGCUGCGCACCCUGGGGUGCCCCGGUCACCCCCGGCUGCCCCCCUGGCUGCUGCUCUCCCACGGGUGCUCCGGUCACCCUCGACUGCCCUCCUGGCUGCUGCUCUCCCAGGGGUGCUCCGGUCACCCUCGUCUGCCCCCCUGGCUGCUGCUCUCCCUGGGGUGCUCCGGUCACCCUCGGCUGCCCCCCUGGCUGCUGCUCUCCCUGGGGCGAUCGAGUCACCCCCGGCUGCUGCUCUCUCUAGGGUGCUCCUGCCAGCCCCAGCUGCCCGUCUGCCUGCUGGUCUCCCUGGGGUGUCCCGGUCACCCCCGGCUGCCCCCCUGCUUGCUGCUCUCCCUGGGGUGCUCGGGUCACCCCCGGCUGCCCCCCUGGCUGCUGCGCUCCCAGGGGUGCUCCGGUCAACCCCGGCUGCCCCCCUGGCUGCUGCGCUCCCAUGGGUGCUCCGGUCAACCCCGGCUGCCCCCCUGGCUGCUUCGCUCUCUGGGGUGCCCCGGUCACCUCUGGCUACCCCCCUGGCUGCUGCUCUCCCUGGGGUGCCCGGGUCGCCCCCGGCUGGCCCCCAUCCCGCUGCCCUCCCUGUCGUCGCCCCCUUCGGCGCCCCUGCAGCUCUUGCUGCUCCCCAACCCCCUGCUCCACCUCCAUCUCUACCGCCAACGCCUGUUGACCUCCGGGCAGCUCUUGCUGUCCCCCUGCCUGCUGCUCUCCCUGGGGUGCUCCGGGCACCCCCGGCUGCCCCCUUGUCUGCUGCUCUCUCUGGGGUGCUCCUGCCGCCCCCAGCUGCCCCCCUGCCUGCUGCUCUCCCUGGGGUGUCCCGGUCACCCCCGGCUGCCCCCCUGCCUGCUGCUCUCCCUGGGGUGCCCCGGGCACCCUCAGCUGCCCCCCUGCCUGCUGCUCUCCCUGGGGUGCUCCGAGCACCCCCGGCUGCCCUUCUGCCUGCUGCUCUCCCUGGGGUGCUCCGGGCACCCUCAGCUGCCUCCCUGCCUGCUGCUCUCCCUGGGGUGCUCCGGGCACCCUCAGCUGCCCUCCUGCCCGCUGCUCUCUCUGGGGUGCUCCGGGCACCCUCGACUGCCCCCCUGCCUGCUGCUCUCCCUGGGGUGCUCCGGGCACCCUCGACUGCCCCCCUGCCUGCUGCUCUCCCUGGGGUGCACCAGGCGCCCUCGACUGCCCCCCUGCCUGCUGCUCUCCCUGGGGUGCACCGGGCGCCCCCGGCUGCCCCUCCGCCUGCUGUGCGGCAGCCCCGCUUCCAAUCCGCCCUUGCGAUUUGCAGGAACGUCGACUCCCGCCUCGGCCCCGUGCCCGGGUUCUGCUCGCUUGGCGUACAGCAUCCGAAUUCGCGACCUCCCGCUGACCCCGCGCCGGCAGCUCCCGCCGCCCUCCUGUUUGCAGCUCCUGCCGCUCCUCUCGUGGCAUUUCCACGGCUCGUGAUAGCUCGGCCAUUUCCACGUCUGCCGCUUGCUUCUGCCUCGCCAGCAGCUGCCCUUCUCCCGGCAGCUUUGGCUGCCCUUUCCUUGGAUGCUCCCCUCCACUCGGCAGCGUCCGCUGCCCUUCGAUGCGCAGCUGCUGCUACUCUCCGCUCUGCAGCUCCUGCUGCCCCCCGGCAUGUGACUCCACCUCCAUCUCCAUCACCAACGCCUGCUGCUCCCCAGCCUGCAGCUCCUGCUGCCCCCCAGCCUGCAGCCAUUGCUGCUCUCCGCUCGGCAGCUGCUGCUGCCCUCUGCUUCGCGGCUCCUGCUGCCCCGCGGCCUGUGGCUCCACCUCCAUCGCCGUCGCCAACGCCUGCUGCCCCCCGGCCUGCCGCUCCUGCUGCCCCCCGACCUGCCGCUCCUGCUGCCCCCCGACCUGCCGCUCCUGCUGCCCCCCGACCUGCCGCUCCUGCUGCCCCCCGGCCUGCCGCUCCUGCUGGACCCCAGCCUGCAGCUCCUGCUGCCCCCCAGCCUGUAUCCACUGCUGCCCUCCGCUCUGCUUGGGCUGUUGCCCUCCGCUCGGCAGCUGCUGCUGCCCUCCGCCCUGCAGCUCCUGCUGCCCACCACUCUGCGACCCCUGCUGUCCCGUCCCCACCGGCGGCUACCGGGCCCCCUCCCGUACCCCCUGCUGCUCCCCCACCGGCAGGUCUCGCGAGCCCCCCGCUAGCGGCUCCUGCUGCCCGUCUCUCCUUGCCGCCCUCCGGCGCUUCCACUCUUGUCGCCGUGCAAGAGGUGGCACGACCAGGGGGAUUGCAGCGUCGGUCGAGCCCGCACUGUGCGGCGUUACCCUCUCGGGUCGGCCGCUUCUGCGAGUGUCAUGCUGUCGCUGCAAGCGCCUACGGUGCUCUUCCCAAGCUGCCCUCGCUACCUCCAAAGCCUCCCUUGGAGCUAUCGCCACCUCCUCAACCGCGCCCUUGUCACUUAUCGCUCCCCCCACCUCUUCGUUGA